AUCCGAUUCUCAUCACUCGUUGUAUAUAAAAUCAGAGUCUGAAGAAAGAAUAAAGCAGGAGGUUCAACGGACAAUAUCAAUGUCUUCGGAAAACCAUUCAGAAGCCUUUUAUUCUGCUGACGAAGAUACAAGUCAUGGAUUAAGUGGAAGUCGUACGUCUAGCUUACGUCAAUCUAUCGUUGGAUCUGGUUCGGUAUUAACGCGCAACGAUAGCAUGAAAAAGAAAUAUUCAUCGGAUUUGUCUAUCGUAGAGAGUUCCGCGAAUGUAAAUGUUCCUGUGUCUGAGAAAGCACACACCUUAGAAAGAGCGAAACCACAGACGAUGAGCAUGAAACGUAAUGCCAGAGUAAAUCGGAAUACCAGCUUCCAAAACGACAACGAUUCGAACGGAAAUGGUGCAUUACGUGAUUCGUCCGACAGCCAUUCGGUUUCUUCGACAAGUUUUAUAUCCGCCGUAUCUUCGCAAGAAGACGUUACUCUCGUAAAUUUGCAUAUGCAAGUAAACAAACCGAUUGUUGAUUCUCCGCUGUUGAUGUCAAGUUACGUUAGUCAUUUAACACAGGUGCGUUGCUCAAAUUGGAGUCAAUCGUCAAUACCGGUAGGAAGCAGUGCAUUUACUACACCGCUUUUUCAACGUAGCGAGGAUGGCAGAUUAGUUUAUGUGGGUGUUAAAUACGUGCCGAAAUUCGACACUAUCGCUGAAGGAUUUACAUCGUUGAAAAUGAUCACUCGAUCAGAUGGUUCACCCACAGCUAAUUCAUCCAAUAAAACGCCCACACACCCAUAUCUUUGGGAUAGUGCGACCAUAAGUCAGAUGGAAGGAGAAGAAGAUCAUACGACCCACAACGAGGAAGAAUUAUUAGCCGCACAGCACGAAAGUGGAUCGCGUACAACAGUAAUUGUGAAAUUCAAGGGAGAUGUAGAUAUUAUGUUAAGUCCGAUGGUGCUAGAAUCGCUGCAACGUUUCAUCGAUGCAAUUAUACCAACAUUAGCUACUUUACAUCCGUUAACUACUUUAAAUCAUCUUCAUCACGAAUGUAUCGGAAAGGUUGAAGACGCUAAUAUUUUGAAACAGGAUCAAAGCUUAUCCUAUUGGAGUCAGGUGCAAACUAGUUCAAAAAGAUCUACCGCUGAAAGAAAUGUUAAAAAUGGGCAAGGUAAAAUUGCAUUACAAACGAAUGUGUAUGAAGAAAGUAUUAUGACGCAAGUACAAGGCAGUAUUAUUUUACCGAAAAUGAAUAUAACUUUAUUACAAGCUUCUGUCGUUGAAGAAAUCAUAUCCUUUUCCGCCCUCGAGAACAUUCGUGAUUUAACGUGUGUGUCAUUGUUCGCUGUUUGCUUUGACGAUGUAACAGGAAGAUUUUAUAUUGGAAAGCAAGCUCGGGAAGUUGUUCAAACGUUCAAUAAGCCAGCUGUAUUACCGAAUCAAAAGAAGGUUAACAAAAUUAGCAAAGCAUUUUUACCUGGCCAUCAAACAGCCGCUGUAGUUGCGGAUAUUGGAAGUGGAGAAACAGUGUAUAUAGAGACUUCGGAGAAACAACAAGAAGAAAUUGUAGUCACAUUAAAUAUAGGGAAAGCUCAUUCUCAAUUACGUAGGCUUAGAAACGAAUCAUCAAUAUUGAAAGAUGCUGUUAUAACAGCAAUACCUGCUCAUUAUUCAAGAGUAUUAUUUACAUGUACCAGAAUAACUUCUCCGUUGAAGUGUGUAGACUAUUACCUGCAUCAGUUUACGGACGACAAAGACAAAACUAAGCAGAAUGGCCCCCCGCAGGCUACCGAAGAAUUUACUCUCGGAAGUGGAGAAGACAGAUUGGGUUUUAUAAUGUUUGAAUGUGGUUUGGAAGGUAUCAAAUUAAAAGUAGUAAAGAGAUCACAGUUUGAAAAAGGAGAAAAUGGAAGCGAUAGCAAAAAAGUGGAGACUGAAGUAUUUUAUACGGAUAGCGUGAAAAGUCAAGAAGAAUUAGAUAACACAGCUGCGUCUACUGCAACUGCAACUGAACCGGAAACAGCAUCGACGAAUUUACCUAACGGAGUACAAAUAAAUCCUAGUGCUACGUGUGCCAGUCUCGCUUCGAAAGCAGGGAAUGGAAAUGCAGUUUCUUGUAUCAUAGAACUGAAAACAGUAUGGUUUAACUUCGCAGCGCCUCCGCGUACUCCAAUAACUAGGAAAAUUGAUUACACUCGACUAGAUUGGAAUUUAUUGAGUACAGCAUCGCCAGCCAUAAAUGCUUGGAUGAAUCCUAGUAAUAAGUUUACAGUGCGAAUCGUGCACAUGUUUAAGACUAUGUACAGAAGAUCGACUGCUAUUGUUGCUUGUCUUAUGGCAGAGGCAUUAGAUGUACAGGCGAUUCAUAUGCCUGCUAAGAGUCGUUAUGGGAGACUGACUCCAUUAGCGAAAACAUUACAAGAAGAUCCAUCGUGUCAAUUAUGUACAAUUCUGCAGAAUUAUGUUUUGUUAAAUGAUCUAACAAAUAUCGAAGCCAAUUUAAAAGAGUCUGAUUUACCUUUAUUAUCGACACUUCGUCAGGGAGUUAUAGUACUGAGCAGACAAUGGAAAAAUGUUCUCUACACGCCAUUGUUGUUGGAACAUAAUUAUAAAACGAAGCAUGUGAAACCAUUGAAUGUCACAUUUGCUGUGUCAGAUCCAGAUGAGGAAAAUUUGCUGACAGACGGUGAGGGUAGUGCAGGAGAAGUAGAUGAUCAGGAAGUCACAGAUGAAUGUGCUAUGUUAAUUCAUACGGACCACAUUAAUAAACAUACACAUGUCAAGAGUGGGCAAGACAAAACUACAGGUAUUUGUGGUGAUGGUUUGACGGUUCCUGUAAGUUCUCCUCGGGGGAAAGACACAACCCCUAUAGCAACACCGGUUCCAGGCCCGGAUUCAUUAACCUCCCCCUCUCCACCAGUAGUUCAUCCAAAGAAAGGAAAAUCACUACAACCCACGCAAGUGCCUGCUAGUACACGAGCAAGUAUUGUUUUUCCAUUGCUUCCAAGUGGUGGGUUAUUCAAUCAAACUCGGGAACCGAAUAACAUAAGUUACGGCACGCUUCGCGAAGAGAAGACACCACAAAUUCAUACUUCUCAUUCUCAUCAACUUGGUUCCAAUCCGAGUAUUUAUUCUGGUGGAGGGCACGGUAGUCAGCACAGUACUGGAAGUUUGGAUCAAGUAACUUCUCCAACGAGUCAUCAUUCCAAUAAGCCUUCAAACACGGGUGAAGAUUUGUACAGUUGGAUGGUUAAACAGCAAGAGUUUAUAAAGGAUAAUGAUAAAACCAAUUUAAAAGGAAAUUGGGUCUUUCGAGCAGAACAAAAGUCUUUGAAGGAUUCAAAGAUUAAUACCAUGACAACAGAUGAUACAGAAGACUCCGAUGUUCAGAGUGGCACUCUUCUAUACCCAAUGAAAGAUUCCCUCAGACUGCUUGAUGCACAUUUAAUUUUUGAGCCACUUCUGUCUUCCCUGUCCGUUAUGCCACAACAAAUGCUUUCUGCCAUUGGUUCUGGAAACAUCAACAAUGUGUCUUCCUUAGACUCAUUAGGAUCAAACUUGUCUUUGGUAGGAAGUAUGGAAACUAUGCGUAUCGACAUAGUUGUCAGUGAAUUCGGGAAGAUAACAGAUAAGAAGAAAGGAGGCAAAUACCAAACAAAGAAGGGAAGUAAUUCCAAAUUCCAUUUGGACAUACCACCAGAAACUCCAGCAUUUUUAUGCGAGAAAAUUGGUAUUGAUAUAGACGUUAAGAAAAUGGCUGAUAUGACCGUAGAUGAUAUGAUUCAAAAACAAACUGUUUUGUAUAUAUCACGGGGCCAAUUGAAAAAGCAUACAAGUACAGUUGUGAAUUUUAGUUUAAAUAUACGAUACAUUAGCCAACAAGUAAAUAUGCCCCUUCUCAGAUUGUUACAUCAAAUUAGUAAUAUGUAUCAGAAUGUUAAGGAAACCCAAAUGGAAUUAAAAGAACAACAACCGGAAAGUAAACAAACCGAUAAUUUAAUUGUUAAUGAUGCAGCGGCCAAAAAUGGUUCAUCGUCAACAUCUGAUUUACAAGAACAACUUCUGCUAGGUGGCAAAAAAAUGGAUAUUCCUUUGCUUCGCAAUAGUUUCGAACCGAAUUUAUCCAAAGUUUCAUCGCCUGGUACGACUAUACGAUCUCGUCCACAAAGUUUCGCUCAAAAGUUACGUAGUACCGGGAAAAGUGUUAAAGGAUACAUUAAUUUGAGCGAGGGUGUAAUAACUCCUAACUUCGGAGCGAGUCCUAGUGGUUCUGGUUUGGAUAAAUUUUGCGUGCUUCCUGAUAAAUGUAAAGAUACGCCUCAUCUGACGCCACGAUGCUGGAAAACGAUUUACUAUUUGCUGGAUCUGUACGCCACACGACCAGAAACUAAGACUAUCACGCAUCGUUUCUCAAUACCGGCUGACGCGUCAGAUCACUAUAAAAGUGGUCGAAAGUAUGAGUUACUAAAUGAAACGAAAGACGCGGAUAUCGAAAAAGGUUUGAAUGCUGAAAAUAGCUCAACGCCUGUACCACUUCCGCGAGAAUUAAGUAUCGUUACAGGAGAACGUACAAGAUUAAUUAUCUUUGGCGUCGCUCGGAUACAUAGGACUAGAUGGUUAGCUACUCUCAGUGGUUUAAAACUCGAAGCAGAAAUAACAAGUCUUCACGCGAGUUUAACAUGUUGCAAAAAGUCAAGACCUGCCAGUUUCGAAUGCAGCUUAACUGGACAAAUCGGUCGAACUAUGAUCGUUUUAUUAGAAGGCGUAGCGCCUAACCAACAGACAGUUGUGAAAGUAACCGUGGGAAAGUCGCAGGCUUUGUAUUCUAGUAUCAGUAAGCAUCAGAAGGACAAAAAUAGCGGUCUGCUGACUGUCGGUGCUGUGAAUAUAGAUAUCCCUCAACAUCCAGUAGCUCUACACGGUAUGAUGACUAGGGGUAGUAAACAGUUAUCAUCGACCUUACAAGAACUCAGAGUAACAAGAACUUCCUCGAGAAUGUCCAGAGGUCAACAGCAGGAUGAUGUAGAGCCAGGUGUACCUGGUAGUCCGCAUAAUUAUGCUCCAGCCCCACAAGUAGACAUAGAAAAGCCACAAGUUGUAUCUAGUCUACUAGAACCUAUUGUUAUGCAGUUCAACAUCAUAUUUCAAAGUUUGAGUAUAACAGCGGCUCUACUGCCAUCUUUACAAGCACAAUACAAAAUGGAUCAAGUCACUAGUUCUGGCAUAACCGGCAGUAAAGCUAAGUUUACCAUAGACCUACCUCAUCACACUUUAAGUUUCACAACAAAGCUUCAAGUAACCGAAGCGAAUUUGCCUUCUGAAGCUAGUAUUGAGCUUCCUAAAGUACACGUGUCUGCGGAAUACGUUCAGGAUGGUAAUAGUAACAUAAACGAUAGUAAAUUGGCUGACGGGGUUGUGUUGAGACAAGGUAGCUACCUUAGUGCCACUGCUGAUAUUGGUGUAUUUGUACAUUCUUUGACCACGGAUCUUCUUAAUCACUUAGUAUUUGUGCAAAAAGUAUUCAUGAAGGAGGUGAAUGAAGUUGUACAGAAAGUUUACGGGGGGGAGAAACCCGUACCUUUAUGGUUAGAGGACGAAGAACCCAAUAAUUCACCUGUGAAAAGGAUAUUAUUCUCAUUAAUUAUGCGUAUCAAGAGAAUACAACUGACUGCAACAACUCCAACAAAUUCGGCGGUACGAUUAGAAACUGGAGCUGUUGAACUUCAGUUGUCUAACAGAGUGCAAAAUGUUUUUGGUGCUACUCAACCAAAUCCAUACAUGAAACUGUUUGGAAAAGCACAAGUUGACAUUAAUUUAAGUCUCGGUCAGUUGCUGAAAAAUGUUUUAUUCGAAGAGGCAGAGCCGGAAUUCCAGCAGUUUGCAUUUUUCAACACUAGAGUGGGAUUACGGAACGCCUUCCAAGACGAGAUGGCGCAAGGUGAAGAUAAAGAAGUUGUAUUAAUCACGUUGAAACGCCCGUUAAUAUAUGUCCAACCGGUCGCCAUCGAUAAAGCUAUACUUGUCUGGCUGAAUUACAAAAACGCGUAUGAAUAUUGGAACGAGAAAAGAGCAAACUUAAAUAAAGAAGUUUUAACUGCUACGCAGCAAGUAUUUGAGAAGGUUCCGUUUGGCCAAAUAACAAGUCAGCUUAGCUCUCCUCAUUUGGGAACGCUGUUUUUGCAACUGACUGUAGAUGAUAUGGGUAUUUGCGUGCCACUUAAUCCUUUACCGCCUACCUGGGGCAUGAAUAGAGGAGUGUACGAUGGUGAAUCAAGGGAUGCUGUCGUAGUGACGUUGGAAAAUACAAGCAUAUCGGCAUGUAGCAGUGGUAGCUUAGUUAGUAAAGGAAGGUUUAUGGGUUUAUGCUUACGAUUUGCUGAAGAUUUUGAGACUUCUUUGGAUGAUUGGAAACCAGACACGACUGAUAGUAGCAUAAUGAAUUUGUGCAUGGUGUCUGAAGGCACUUACGAAGUUUGCAGUAGAACAAUUGCACAAAAACCGGAUAAGUCUGAUAAUGCUAAGUGGAUUUUGAAUGUACAGUGGCAAAUGGAAGGUGUUGAUAUUCAUUUAGAUGUUAGCGUUGGACAACAACUGUCUGCACUUGGCCAUACAUUAACAAUGCUAACUGGUUCUGAAGAAGACGAUAUUCACGUACCUGCAGAGUACGAUAGCGACGACGCGGAUCAGCCAGAUAAUAGUACUAGCCAGGUUAAAAAAAAAGAAAGUAUAUUAAUGAAGAAGUCAAAGAAUUGGACUGACAGUUUACCAGCGUUUGUCUUUGACCCGACACUCGAUGCGAAAAAAAGAUCGAAACUGAUUGAGAAAGAAAUGAAUGAACAGGCGAAAAUUAUAAAUGAUCUACGAUCACUAGGUGCUUCUCACGGAACUAUAGAACAAGAAAUGAAACGCUUGCAUGAGUUAGAAGCUAUGAUAUUUAAAGAUUUUAGAAGAGAUAUGAUUCAAAAAUUACGAAGACAGUCAGUUAAAGCGUCAGGAAUCAAAGGUAAAUUGGGACUUGGUGGUAAACCAAACACAAACCGAUCACGGUCAUUUAUUGUACCAUCACCAACGCUUGAAAAUCAAUUAGAAAGUCCCGAAGAUAUGAAUAUGGACGUCAAUUCAGCUAAUUCUGCGAGUUAUGAAAGUAGUCCUAGAAGUGGUCCAAGCCGAUCUGCUUCUCUUCGAGUAAGGGGCCUGGGUGGGCCACGCGUUACUUUUAGUGACACACAUACAAUGGGCAGACAAUCGUCACUACCUAGUGCUGGAUCAGAACUGAGCUUACCAGAGGGAGAGUUAGAUUGGCCACAAACUAUCGACAUUGAAGGGGAAAGGGUUGAAUUGAGAAAGAAGAACAGAGACAUCAGCUGCACUUCGAGUUAUGACAGCAUGGAGGGAAACGCUCCAUUGCUUGAUUCAUUUGGGAGAGAGCAGUCCUCUUCAACGUCAUCACCAUACAUAACGCCUCAGAAAGCUCAAGAGCCUAAUAUAGACUUCGAAUUGGACGUAAAAGUUCUGAUCAAUAGUGGUAAAUGUGUACUGCACACAAAAGAUACAGGACGGGAAGAUGAAAUAAAAAUUAUGAGUAGAAUGAAGAAAGAGCGAUCGUGUUCAGGAGGCACGUUCGAAUUUCAACCAAGUAGUCCUAGUAGUAGCAGGAAACAUUUAAGUAGUAAAGAAAAAUCAUCGACUACGAGCACGUCCCGAUUACGGUAUUUGCAACAUGCGAACGUACCCUUAGUGGACUUGACGAUUUUUCAUAUUCCCGGAUUAGAUGUGAAGGUGCACUAUGAAUCUAAAACGCUUCCCGAAGAAUCUAUGUCUCCCCGAGUCUCGUCCGAUAAUAGUAUGCUUAAUCCUACACCAUCAACGACCGCGCUUAGAAAAUCCAGCACAAAAAAGGCCAGCCUGUUUGCGUGGAUGACACUCCAAAGCAUACCGGAAGAAACUAUAAUAAGUCCACAUAUUUUGGAAUUUUUAGAGCAAACAUUAGAGCCAAUACCAUGCAAAACGAACUUCCACAGCAAUGCACAAACGAAUCCGGUGUUCCCGUUGGAGAACACGGAAAGCACAUCUUGGGCUGCCACUGCAGCAAGUAGUAGCAAUUACGUUUACGCGAGUUUUCCCGUCGAUGUAAUAGUAUAUUUUCAUAUGCAACCCUCUACAUUCAGGUUUUCCUGCUUGCCAGUUUCACGCGUAGAAUGUAUGCUUCAAUUGCCGUCCCUUGAUAUAAUAUUUUCGUCCAAGAGAGCAGAGGAAGAGCUCAUAGAGUUUCGAGAGUACAAAUCUCCUGGCACACAGUCGACAGGAAAAGAAUCAAGUUCAGCUAUCGGCGGAUUAUCCGUCACCGGUUGUCUCGCUGAUUUCUCAAUUUAUAUCUUCCAUCCAUACGGUGGUGGGAAAAAGACAGGCUUGAAAGAAACCCAGUGGUCACCGCUGUCAGACAGCGAAAGGAAAGAUUCUCUGAGUAUCAACGUUGAGUUUGUAAAAUUUCAUAUUGCAAGAAGUAGAAAAUUAAACUUCCAAAGCGAGCAGUCAAAGAAGAUGUCUGAUACAAGUCGCGCGGUUAUACGAUUUUCCACCAUUGUUGAUAUCGGGUCUGCCUCGUUUAAGUAUGAUAUGCGAAGGUUAAGCGAAAUUCUGGCAUUUCCAAAGGCGUGGUAUAGACGCAGUAUAGUACGUCGAUUAUUUCUGGGCGAUUUAAGUUCAGGCACGGCGUACUCCGAAGGUGAUGGUAGUCCUUCGUUGAAUCAAGAAGAAGCAGCCAUGGGUAGUUCUUUGUUAAAGCAUUAUGAACGACAUGGUACCGAUGGCCUGUCGAAAAGUGCACCAGAACGAAGUCCGACAUUGAACAGAGACAAGCUAAGAUUAAGCUUAGAAAGCGAUAUGCCCAGGCACGCACGAUUGAAAGAUAUUGGCAGAGGAUGGAGUUUUACCUCUGACAAACAAACAUCCUCGGAAGUGAAGUUAAGAGAAACUGCUUGGGAGACAUUAGUAUUAUUUGCUAUAAAUUUCACCCGUCUAAAUGUUCACAUGAACAUGAGUAAUGUGAUGGGCAAUGUUACGUGGAUGACAAAGGAUUUCAGGUCUGAUGGAAGAUUGUCCAUUGGUAGUACUGGACACAAAAAUUUGUACAUAGGUAUCGGUUUAGAAGGGUCCAGUUUAGAUGCAAAGGGUGGUAUCGUGGGUGGUACUAUAGAAUUGAGUAAAAUUGAUACAUGCAUACACAUUCGAGAAGAGCCAGGAAUAGAGCCAGAUCACACAUUGGGUUUGAAACUAUUCGCUCUAGAAUUGCGAUUGGAUUAUAUGGGAACUAGCGUGUUAAUGUCUAGAAUUUCCUCAUUGGACGUUAUAUUAAGAGAUGAAUGGAAAAUUAAUCGAAGUAAUAGUGGAGAUGCUUUUAUGCCAACCAGAAGGCCAGCGAUAAUCUUCAUGCACGGUGAUUUAGGAUGGGAUCAGUUACAAAUUAUGAUAAGUAAAUCAACAACCGCGGACUUAUUAAAAAUGUACUACAAAUUAGACGAAUUUUCGAAUCAACAAUUCAAAAGUAGCAAACGGGUAUUCAGUUCUUUACAACCAAGGCAUCAAAGAGUGAAUAACAGUAGCUUCAGGAAGAGGCAGAUGAAGUACAGAUCCAGCGGUGAUGGCCCAUGUAAUGUAAAUCAAGCAACGACAGCAGAUGCUCGUCAUCAUAGACAUUGGCAGGGAGUAUUAGCCCAAGUGGCAGGUCUUCAGUUGGGAAGUUUAAAAUUCUCUUUACCAUCAACGGGGACUGUACUCGGUGGUACAAUGGAGCUUCGCGGUUCCAACAUUAGUCUAGCUUGCUUCCAUGGGAUUAACUUUAAGAGUAAAAGUUGGGCAAUAUUUUCAUUGAAGGAACCGUGUAUCAGUUUCGCUACCGAAGCGCAAGAAAUUCCAAGUGUUGAAUCACCCAAUACAUGUGAUGUGCAUGUUGUACAAACGUUAACCAUCAGUUUAGGCCAACAACAGGAACAACACGCACGGCAUCAUUCAAUGGCUACCGUUUGUAGAUUAAGUCGUAGCGUCCUAUUUCCGCCACAAUUUAAAUCACUACAAGAAUGGUUUCACUAUGCGUUUGCCAGUAGUGAAAUCGAUGCUGUAGAUCGGUUUCCAACUGUUGAAAGAGAACGAAUGGACAGCGCAUCUGAUGGUGGCAAUGUAACUCGUGGAAGAAGUACAUCAACAACCUCUGGAAAAUUAAUGGAACAUUCUCAUGCAAGGGAAGUUAUAUUUGCGCUACCAUCGUUGCAAUUAUACUUAAAAACUGAACAUCUUCAGACAGCCAAAACUCCAGAUGUCAUUGGAGCACCUAAGCAUAUUUUAUAUAGUGAGAAACCAUUAGUCGAAUGUAGCUUCAUAACAGAGUUCGAAGACCACAUAUUUGUUACUGUGGAUGCAGAGGCCUUUUUCUUCCUGCAUGACUUGAUUACCUCAUAUGUGAAAGAAAAAGUGCAUCAUAUGGGUGCACAUAGUCCCGAUCCUCAGGAAAGGAGAAGCGGAAGUGCUGCCACUGCCAGCACGUCCGGUACAACAUCGACCACCUCGGACGACGACAAGAAACGGAAGCAAUUCGAUCCAACGGAAAUGUUCAUAAAGGAUUGGAGAUCGUACAGAUGUAAAACGUGGCACUUAGAACCAACUGUGAGAUUGCUCUCGUGGGCUGGCAAAAGCAUCGAGCCCUACGGAAUCGACUUCAUAUUGCAGAAGCUAGGAUUUUCGCAUGCCCGUACAACGAUACCAAAAUGGAUUCAACGAGGUUUCAUGGAUCCUUUAGACAAAUUACUAGCCAUCCUGAUGUUAAGAAUGGUCUCGGCCGUACGUGAAGAGUCGCCGGAGGAGCAGAAGGAGCAUAAGCGUGAGAAAUAAUAAUGGGAAAUAGAAAAAAAGGAACGUUAAAGCCACUAGAAAUAAGGAUUGAGAGAAUAAAGCGAAGUCAAGGGUGA